CUGGAUGAGGAGAGAGCGGCAGCAGAGGAAAGGGAUAGGAUAGAGAGGGAGGAGAGGGAACAAGAGGAAUGGGAACGGCGGGAUAGAGAGAGGGCAGCGGAAAGUUCAGCCGUGGAGGCAGACGCAGAAGACGCCCAUGUGCAUGGGCCAGAAGACCCUGCCGAGAAUGUCGAGAUGCAUGACGAGUCCCAACACCAUCAUUUCCCAUCUUCCUCAUCACCUCAACCCAGUUCUCCUCCCAGGACGACAUACAUGGAACGCUCGGGUUUAUGUGUGAUAUGUCAGGAUCAGGAGGCAAAUAUCGCGAUCGUGGAUUGCGGACAUUUGUCCACGUGCCGUAUCUGCUCAGAACUAGUCCUCGCCUCAUCUCGCGAGUGUCCGCUCUGUCGUACUCGCAUCGUCACAGAGGCACGACUUUUACGGAUAUUCAAGACAUAGGCAUGGGGAACGACGAACUUUUUUUGUCAUUGCGCAUGCACAGAGGCUGUAAUUGUAGAUCAUGCCCAGCCAUAUGCAUGCUGUCCUAGUCUGUAUUUCUUUGCGUGGUUAAGGUAUAGAGAUAAGUUCCGAGUGGGACUUACGCUCAUCUGUAACUAAUAAUCUAACAUCAUGAACUUAUCUCGUCACGGUUGUGCUAAUUUACUGCCAUCUUCAUAAGUUCAAGCCCAGCCUGCCAGUCUAUCAUCAAUCU